CCCACGGAACCAUGUGAUGCUCAGUUGGUGCUGAUGCUGCCGUUCUGCUCUUUCUUCCCUCUCAGGCUGUCAUGGCGACUCCCAACAAUGUUGCUCCCACCAACUGCAGCUGGUGGCCCAUUUCAACCCCAGAGAACGAGGGAAAGACCCCUGAAGGAGAACCCCCUCAAGAUUUACCGGAUAUGGGAGUAAAAUCGAAAGACCGGCUCGUUCUUUAUCACUGGACACAGUCCUUCAGCUCACAAAAGGUCCGCCUAGCUAUUGCAGAGAAAGGCUUAAUAUGUGAAGAGCAUGACGUCAGUCUACCGCUCACAGAACACAAAGAGCCGUGGUUUAUGAGGCUGAACCUGGGAGAAGAGGUACCGGUACUAAUCCAUGGGGACACCAUCACAAGUGACUACACCCAGAUUAUUGACUACAUUGAAGAUACGUUUGUAGGAGAAAUGGUCCCACGAUUGAUACCAGAAGAUGGUACCCCUCUUCAUUCCCGAGUGCUGCAGUACAGAGAACUGCUUGAUUCUCUUCCUAUGGAUGCUUACACACAUGGAUGUAUCUUACAUCCGGAACUGACAACGGACUCCAUGAUUCCAAAAUAUGCCACAGCUGAGAUACGAAGACACUUAGCCAAUGCAGCCUCAGAACUGAUGAAGCUAGACUGUGAAGAACCUCAGUUGACAGAACCAUACCUCUCAAAGCAGAAAAAACUUAUGUCCAAGAUCCUAGAUCAUGACAACGUGAAUUAUCUGAAAAAAAUCCUUGGAGAAUUAGCAAUGGUGUUAGAUCAAGUAGAAGCUGAGCUGGAGAAGAGAAAACUGGAAUAUGAAGGACAAAAAUGUGAACUCUGGCUGUGUGGGACUGUAUUCACUUUAGCUGACAUUCUGCUUGGAGCAACACUACACCGCCUCAAAUUUCUAGGACUUUCAAAAAAAUACUGGGAAGAUGGAAGCAGACCCAAUCUUCAGUCCUUCUUUGAGAGAGUACAAAAACGAUAUGCCUUCAAAAAAGUUUUAGGAGAUAUACACACCACUUUAUUGUCUGCUGUUUUACCUAAUGCCUUCCGUCUUGUGAAACGAAAACCGCCAUCUUUCUUUGGGGCUUCUUUUUUAAUGGGAUCCUUAGGAGGAAUGGGAUAUUUUGCCUACUGGUAUUUGAAGAAAAAAUACAUUUAGAAAGGGAAUAAAUGGUGUUUUGUUGUCUCUGUACUGUGUAAUGUCAUGAAAUGUAAUUGUAUUAAAGUCAUAAAUUCUAAAAUUAGUGUAUAUUUACUAUAAGCAUUCCAUACAACAGAAUGAUAAAGCACACCUGCUAUUCAUUUUA